AUGCCGUCUACCGGGUCGUUGCGAACCAUGCGGUCCCGGUAUCCGCCACCACCUUGUGUCGAAGACGAGCCAGCCUCGCUCGCUCGAGAGUUGCACGGCCUCUCGAACUUGAGUGAAAAGCCCGGUGUUGAGGGUGCUCGCGUGAGAGGCACCGUCGACCAGUACCCGGUCAUUACGAAUAUGAAUUCGUCUCAACCCGAGGCCCCUCCGAGUGUCAACAACAUGCCGGGCAUGGGGAACUUUUCUUCGGACGAUAGUAGUGGACCUGCCACACCUCCCCCCAGAAUGGCGGAGCCUAGUGGUCGCGGUCGCCCAAGAUCUGAAUCUCAAGCCACUGUUCGCCCUGGACCUCCCCCAUCAUCCGUGCCGGUCUCUUCGAGUAGGCAUCGAGAACGGCCACUACCCUCAGUCCAGCCACAGCCAACUCGAGAGACUGCCGCACCCCGACAGCCUCGUCCACGAUCUCUAGCACGAGAUGAUGACGUACCUGUCCGUGGUCGCGGCCGAUCAUAUUCGGAAGUAUACCCUCCCCAGCCUAUGCGUGAGAUGAGAACCGUUCGUCAGUCUCGUCCGCCGUCAAUCACGCGGGAUGAGAACCGCAGAGGCCGUGAUCGGACAUCAGUGGAUGUCUCUCAGCCUUCUGUGCGUGAGACAAGAGCACCACGACAGCCAUCACGUCCACCUUCGCCAGUACGUGAUGAUCAUCUGCGAGCUUCGAGCAGGCCUCGUGGUCGACUACAGCCACCACAGAUCUUCCAGCAACCCGCCCGGGAACUGGUUGCUCCUGAACAUCCUCGUCCAUCUUCGCAUUCACCACAACGUGCCGAGCCCAUCAGACACGAGGGUCCUGUGCAUAUCAUCCCUCAUAGCUCCUAUAGCAUGCGCUCGGCACGGUCUCGCUCUCGAGGCCCCGGCUAUGAUAGAGACUAUGAGACGCCAAAGACCUCCAUUUCCCGGUCGAACAGCGCAAAGUAUGUUACUUCACGGCCUAUUCGGCCCCGCCCACGCCAGCCAUCACCACCGGGCUAUCAAUCAGAUACCGUGACUGCUCGUCCCCGGCCAGCCUCUUAUGCGCCCCCCUCUCUUGCACCGGGAAAAGCCCCCAUUGGGAACGCUGCAAACGGCCGAACACUUGCCGAGAGAAUCGAAGAGAAGUUGCGUCAACGCCAGGAGCUUCGCGAGGCAGCCUCCCUGUCUGAUACCGAGACACGUCUGAAGACGGAAAAGUUGAGGCCUCUCAGCACGACUUUAAACCCAUCAGUUCCAUCGUCAGUACCUCAUUCUCCUUCAAAAGAGGUUCAUCGCACCCUGAGACACCGGUCUCGUGAACCGUCUGUGGCUCCCACGAACCCACGAACAUCGGCGCCCACCCUCGUCCCCGCUCUGGUAUCAUCUUUGGCUCGGUCGAAAUCCAAGACCCGUGGCCACUCGAGAUCUAUCUCGUCUGACGAUGCCAGACCCUCACGGCCCGUGGCCUCUGUCAAGUGGCAAGAUCAACCCGAGGAAAGACAAAGUCCUUCCAGAGCCCCCGCUACCAAACAGACCAAUCUGUCACAGCGACCCUCCAACCCUUCUGGACUAUGCAUCACUUCAUGCCCACGGUCCACCCCUGUGGCUGGUCUCAACGACUGGUACACACUUAAGGGUCUGACACACCUGGACAUCUGCCCUAGCUGCAUGAAGCAGAUUGGACACUCGCGCUUCCGCGACUUCUUCAUCCCCAGCUUAGCCAAACCUCCAACCCAGAAAACCCGCUGCGCUUUCAGCUAUGCCUGGCCCCGGCUCGCCUGGACCCAGAUGAUCAAACAACAACACGACAGCCUCGAGAUGCUCUACCAGAUGACCCGUCCACCCCCAGGAACCCGUCCCUGCUCUGGCCGGGCCGCCUCAGAACAAACCUGGUACCGCAUCGUCAACCCAGACACAGGCUCAUACCUCCCCAGCUUCCACAUCUGCGGCAGCUGCACACGCAACGUCCGCGUCCUCAUGCCCGCACACCGGGAUACCUUCCAACACAGCCCAGAAGUCCAAGAGCGCGCAUGCGACCUCGUCACCAGCAGCCCCCGCUUCGCCAAAUACAUCGACCUGCUCGACGACGCCUCAUCCCGCGCAGACUCAGACCCCUCCCGCCGUCCGGACCCACGCGAGUUCCUCGCCUACGCAAAGCGCAAAGUCGUGCUCCGCGACUGUCUCCGCGACAGACCCGUCCUCAGCAGCUGGCACUACAUGCCCGAACUACCCGAACUAAGCGUCUGUGAAGACUGCUACGACGAAGUCGUCUGGCCCCUCGCAAAAGCACACCAUCCACUUGCCCGAUCCUUUUCAACCUCUAUGCGGUAUUUACCCGGUGACGGGCCGAAUCGCUGCCGCGAGGCGAGUUGCCAGUUAUACUCGGGUCGGAUGCGUGCGCGGUUUAGGGAUGCGGUUGUCAAGGAUGAUUUCCCUGGUUUAAGGGAUUUUGCGUUGCGCAGGUUUGAGGCUGAGAGGCGGUUCCGGGAUCGGAGGGAUGAGCUGCUUGUUGCUGAGGGGAAAGGGUACGAUUGUGAUGUUGAGAUGAAGAAGGCUGUUGAGGAGUGGAGGCGGUGGGAGUGA